AUGCAAGCGAGAAAGACCGGCGCCAGGCUCUUCAGCUCCAGUCAAUACACUCUGAGCUCGAAAACCCAAUUCGUCUGCGCUAGCUGUCGCCAAAGCCUCUCACUUGCAGCUUUUACAGCAUCACCUCGUUCUAAGUGCGGUUCAAGACAGCAGACAACAUGGGCACAAGCAGCGUCCACUGCUCAAAGCAUACUAAAUGGUCAUGUCAAUCCAGACAAGAGGCUCGCCGGCCUCGCUGUCGACCCUCUCCGCGUUGUGGCCAAAGAGAUGAAAUUUCUCACGAAAAAUAUACGAAAGCUACUUGGGACCGGACAUCCCAUCUUAGACACCGUGGCCAAGUAUUACUCAAGAUCGGAAGGAAAGCACAUCCGCCCUCUUCUUGUACUCCUAGUCUCUCAAGCCACCAGCAACGCCCCAAAAGCCUCGCGACAAUCUCCGCCUGCUUCCACACCGACGAUCGAUGACCCGAUAUCAUCCCCUUCUAUACUUUCAGAUAUCAACCCAGACGCUUCACCAACCCACCCCCUGUCCUCCGUGUCUCUCAACCCCUCCACGAACUACCUCGACACUUCCAUUCUCCCCUCCCAACGCCGCCUCGCUGAAAUCACAGAAUUAAUCCACACCGCCUCCCUCCUCCAUGAUGACGUCCUCGACAAUAGCGGCACCCGUCGCUCCAAUCCAUCUGCAAACAUUGCAUUUGGCAACAAAAUGGCCGUCCUCGCAGGCGACUUCCUCCUCGGACGGGCCUCCGUUGCUCUUGCCCGCUUGAGAGACGCCGAAGUCAUAGAAUUGCUCGCUACUGUAAUUGCAAACCUCGUAGAAGGCGAGUUCAUGCAAUUGAAGAACACAGCGCUCGAUGAGCCGAGCCCGGUGUAUACAGACGAGACUCUCUCCUACUAUUUGCAGAAGACAUAUCUUAAGAGCGCGAGUCUUAUCAGCAAGAGCUGUCGCGCGGCAGCGCUAUUGGGGCAGAAUGCGCCAGAGGUGGUAGAAGCAGCGUAUGCGUAUGGAAAGAAUCUAGGGCUGGCUUUCCAAUUAGUGGAUGAUAUGCUGGAUUACACUACGUAUCGUGGGAGUGACCCGAAGGGGCUAGGGAAACCGGCGGGUGCGGAUUUGGAAUUGGGGUUGGCGACGGCACCUUUGCUGUUUGCUUGGAAGCAGAUCCCAAGGUUAGGGGCGUUGGUGGGUAGGAAGUUUACCGAGCCCGGAGAUGUCGAAAUGGCUAGAGAGCUGGUCGCCGGGAGUGAGGGUGUGGAACAGACGAAGGCGUUGGCACAGGAUUAUGCGGAUAAGGCCGUCGAUGCUAUCAGGUGGUUUCCAGAGGGGGAAGCCAAAGACGGGUUGAUGGAGAUGUGUGCGCAGUCGACACAGAGGAAAAAAUGA